CCUCCAUGGUUUCAGCGUGCCAUAACUCGGGUCUGUACCACCAAGAGACUUUUCUGGGAAGCGACAUGAGUUCGUACCUGCCCAUACGUCACAGCGUGCCCCGUGGAGAGGAUCUGCACGCGGGGGACAAUUCCGGGUACAUGGACCAUUUCCUCAAUAUACCGGAGAUAUGUCCCACGGGGAACUACCGCACACCCCGAUAUUACAUGGGGUCGUAUCAGACGGAUGCAUGCAGAAUGGAGGCGCUUCAACAACAGAGAAAUCACGAACUUAGGAUGGGGCUGCAGGCAAAUCGCUCUUCGUUCUACCCCAACAUGAACAUACCGGGUAUGCGAUUCGGGGAUGCCGGAAUAGAAUCUCAGACAAAUUGUGUUCAGACGCACGGACGCAGCGGAGACAACAUCAGUCCGUGUUCCAAGGGUGGUAAUGUUUCGGCGGAAAGCGAGACCCCUUCGUUUUACCCGUGGAUGUCCAUUGUAGGGCCAAAUUCAAAUCAACGAAGAAGAGGGCGGCAAACGUAUACGAGAUUUCAAACCCUGGAGCUGGAGAAGGAAUUCAAAUUUAACCGUUAUCUUACCAGGCGACGGAGAAUAGAACUGUCACAUAUGUUGUGCUUGACGGAACGACAGAUUAAAAUUUGGUUUCAGAAUCGCCGAAUGAAGGAGAAGAAAGAAAUGCAGGCUAUAAAGGAAAUCAACGAACAGAGUCGAAACCAAGAAAAAGCCGCGAAAUCGGAACCCAUCACCCCGGCUGUUGUCAAAGAGGCGACUGUCGAACAAGAUCGCGAGGCCGCUACCGUUGACGCUGUGCAAAGUUGAAACACCGGAUUGCUACUGAAUUAAAAACAAAACACAAAAAAACAAAUAACCAUCGUGAACAACCGAGAGCAUGCAUAAUGGUAAUAUCAGAAAAUGCCGAGUUGUCUCAUCCGUGUCUCCUUUAAACCGCACAGCUAGGUGGCGCUGAGACUACACCGGAACCGGAAAUAGCGCCACCUAUAUGCCAACGCCAUAGUUAUGAGUUCGAAAUGGAGAAUAGUAUAAAUGUCGGAUAUUGAAAAGUCGCGUAAAUCCAGUCGUUUUUUGGGGAAACACACGAAAACAGGACAUAUAUGCUCAGAUAUUGACUGAUGUAAUUGUGUAUUCGUUGUUGUCCAAAAACCAGAUUUGUCGGACAAGAUAAGAAAUGAUAUGGCGGAUAUUAUAUUCCUUUUUUUUCAAAAAGAAACCACAAAGACAAAAUAUAAAUUCAGCUCCCAAGCGCCGAGCGAGAGAAAAAACACAAACAACAGUCUCGAGAAGAGAGAAAGUUAUAGGUAGUAUUAAGAAACAGGCGCAUCCGGGUAUUCGAUUAAGAUUGUUUUUGUGUUGUUUGUUUUGUUUUAUUGUCAUUUUGCUCAAUUUAGAUUUUAUUUUAUUUAAUUUUCCUUGGCGAAACCUUUCUUAUAAUCUACUCAUGUAUCACUGUUAUACAGUCAUUUUGUCAAACGAGAAAUAACCAUGAAGGGUCUGCGGACAAAACAUGCUGUAACGUUUUGUUUUCACCAUUGUCAGAUAAGUAUAUUUUCGAUUGAUAGAAAACAUAUUUUAUUGCAUAAAACUCUCAAAAUAACUGGGUAAAGGUUUGCCAAAUUAGUGGACCCUCUCCUAAUAUUUAAAAUAUUAUUACUAUUUUCUGGCUAUAUUGUAUUAUUAUUUUAUUUUUUAUUAUUAUUAUUAUUAUUAUUAUUAUUAUUAUUAUUAUUAUUUAGUUUAUUUAUUUAUUUAUUAUUAUUUCUUGAGGGUCGUAAUAUGUUAUUCGUUGGAAUGGGUUAAUUAUGUAUCCAAAUUAUAGAAAGAAACCGAGCACAAAAGCAAUCAUGUAUAUCAUCUUUAAACGGGCUUAAUUUACGUUUGGUAUGUUUUAUGUCAUACAAUUUUAAUUUUUAUUAUUCUUUUUUUUUAAUUUUAAAUUAAAAAAGGUAAACUACUAACAAGGAAAUUCAACUGCGAAAAUGGCCAGAAUGUGAUAUGACAGGUUUUUACCGCGGGCCCUUCAUUUGUACACUAGCUACCUCUGUAGUGAAAUGUCAGUGACUUUUUGCGGUGCUUACCGUUGUUUCACUCUUGUAGCACCAUGUAGCCCUCGUCUUAUAUGGAUGCGGGUAGAUGUAAAAUUAGGAUUUCUGACGAAUUACAAAAAAACACCAAAAAAAAACACACGAAAAAAUCGUUAAAGUUAAUGCUAUUUUAUUACAAUUUUAAUUUCGUAAAGUAGGAAUUUCAUCACGUGAUAUUGUGUCAAGUUUUGUUUCGUUUUUGUUCAACGACACCACUAGAGCACAUUGAUUUAUUAAUCAUCGGCUAUUGGAUAUCAAACAUUCGUUAAUUUUGACAUAUAGUCUUGGAGAGGAAACCCGCUACAUACAUUUUCGAUUAGUAGCAAGCGAUCUUUUAUAUGCAUCAUCCCACAGACAGGAUAUAAACACAUAUUUCUCACGAGAAGACAAGCUAUGCAUGUAUGAACUUUUUUUCAUUGCGUUUAACAUCCAUGAGACUUGUGAAAAAGUUACAUAUUUUAUUUGCAGUUCAGCUUCACCCUUUAUAAAUUGGCUUAACGUGCAUUCCAUUAAAUAAGUUCUUUACUAGGCGGUAGAUGGUUUAACGUGCAAAAACACGUAAAUAUGCUUUGUCACUCGACAAAGUAUUAUAAAGCAUAACACAAGCAGUAAGACCACCAUAUUAGGAGCAUUUAAUAUGUCGUUUUGGUUUUUUUUUGCAGACACAUGGACAAAUAGCGAAUAUAUGUUUAUUUGAUGACGUCACAAUAUUUUAUUCAACGGUAAAUUUAGGUGUCUGUGUGUUUUGAGACAAAGGUGUUUUAUAUGAAAUAAUCGACGUAACAGAUUCGCUUUGAUACAAUUAUAUGUCUGUUGAUAUAAAACAACGAACGUUUUUUUUUCAUGAAGCAAUGGACAACAUUACAAACUGUUAAUUUACUCUAUUUCUGUUUCGUUCGCUGAGCCAACAGGUAAUGCAAACACUGUAUGUAACCAAUGAAUUAAACACUGAUUUGUGUAGAAUAAUGUGCAUAUUAAAUCUAACAUUCUGUCUCAAACUUGUGAUAUUUAUUACAGUAAUAACUAUGAUAUUGUGAAUGUAUUAUUUACAAUAUGACUUUAUUUUCAGCAAAAUUUAUUUUUAUUUUAUACUAAAAUAGCUGAUAGGACGUUAAUAUGCGAUUAAUUUCAAACUAAAUUUUGCUUAUAAUAAUAAUCAUGAUGACGAUGAUAAUAUUGAUGAUGAUGAUGAUGAUGAUAAUAAUAAUAAUAAUGAUGAUGAUGAUGAUGAUGAUAAUGAUGAUAAUGAUUAUGAUGAUGAUGAUAAUGAUGAUGAUAAUAAUCAUCACAAAAAUGAAUAAGAAAAGUAAGUUAAAAAUUAAAUUUAAAUUAAUAUAAUUUAAAAUAAAAUAAAAAUAAAAUAAAAUAAAUAAACAAAACCUUGAAGAAUUGAUUUCACUUGGUUUUAGUUUAGCCUACACUAUAUUAUUAUUGUUGUAUUAGAUCGCUGGUGCCAAUAUUAGGUCAUAUCUAUUCGGUUCCUAACAAAACACUUCGUAUUGGUAGGCUCUAAAUACCGCAAUACGUCUCACAUUAACAUUAGUUUGUAUGGAGUUUCAAAUGUAGUUUAUGUAAGAACAUUUGUAUCAUUUCUGUUUUGUUUUAAUUUGUCAGUGAAAUGCACACGUAUGAUGAAUAAAUAAACUGACAAAUUGUUGUGAGAAAAGGUCAAGGUCAACAAGAUUGUUUUAUAUAAUAUUAUUAUAAUAUACUGAAUAUAUGUCAUGUGACGUAAACGUUGUUCAGGGAAAUAUGACGUCAUAUAUGUAUCGUAUUGUUCACAUCUUUAAAUCAAGUUUCUCUUUGUAAUACCAUUGUUGUUGUAAUUUGUUUGUUUGAGGUGGGUUUUUUUUGUGACGUUAUUUAGUUUUUUGAGGGGUGAUGUGAGCGUAUACAAUUUCAACUUGUGGGCGGGGCUGUGGAACAGAUAAUGUAUAGGUGUGGCCGUUCCUGAGGUAAUGGAAUAUGAUUCAAUAUUAUUUAAAAACUAAGGUGUUUUCUUUUCUUUUUUUAAAUGUGUGUCAAACUGGGAUGGUAUUAAGGUGUAGAUAAUUUCCUUGUUCGUGUAUUUUGUGUAAUAUAGAUGCACAAAAACGUCAUGAAUAUACACACCAUCUCCCCAUCUUUGAAAUGCUUAACGAUAUGCCUUAAAACGUAAAACAUAACAUAGGAUUAGUGUGGGAAAUUUUUUAUUAAAACUAUUGGAGGGUCUAUGACCACAGGCCUAUCACUUUCGCAACCUAUGCAAAUAAGUAUUGUAUUGUUUUUACAUUAAAACUAAAUUUACCCAUAAGGUAUGAUUGCAUACACCAAAGUAUCGAUGAAAACAGUAAUGAUAUUAUACAGUAAAGUAUCGAUGAAAACAGUAAUGAUAUUAUACAGUAAAGUAUCGAUGAAAACAGUAAUGAUAUUAUACAGUAAAGUAUCGAUGAAAACAGUAAUGAUAUUAUACAGUAAAGUAAAGUUUGUUUUAUUCAACCACGCCACUAGAGCACAUUGAUUUUUUAUCUUAUCAUCGACAUAUGGUCAUUCUGACACUGUUUGUUUUUAGAGGAAACCCGCUGUCGC